CGCGCUGCCUAGCCUGUGCUGCUCUGCUCUGGGCCGGUGGCGGAGAGAGAUUAACACAGAUGACAGAUGGCAGAGAGAGGAAGGCCGAGACGAGGCAGAAUAGAGAAGAAAGGGACGUUUGUUUGUGAGAUCUGCGGUCUCUCCACGCCCUUCCAUUCGUUUGGACAGACCUGUCCGUUUGCCAAGUCUCUAGUGCUUCUUGAAGAAGCAUUCGUGGCACGUGACCCGUUCAACCCUGAUCCUCAGCCCCUAAUUCUGGGAUCCCAGUGUACUUCAUGUCGCAGAGUCGUCUGUGUCUCUUCUUCCUGCAGUGUUUUCUAUACCAAGCGUUUCUGCAUUGAGUGUGUGAAGAAAAAUCUUGAUGAAUUUCCAAAGGAAAUACAGCAGGAGCUGGCAAAAUCUCAGCAAUGAUGACAGUUUUUUUAUCAAAACCCACUAGGAACAACAGGCGCAUGCGCGCAGAUGCAAAAAGGUGGGCGGGGCUGCUCACUUAGCAACGCGCAAGAGAUCGAAGAUGGACAAUGCAGACUUGGAGAAGUUGAAGGUCAGUCAGGGGAAGCUGGUGCCGAAGUUCAAGUCCUCGGUCACGAGCUACUCCCUUACUGUGGCCAGCAACGUUGAGGAGGUGAAGUUUUCCCCGCUCACAGCCGACGGCGGAGCCUCUCACGUCGUCAAGGGUGCAGACGGCAGCAAAGUUGUCAAGUUGACGGACGGGAAACCGGUGGAAGUGGAGGUGAUCGUGACGGCAGAAGACGGGUCGACGACAAAGAGCUACACGGUUCUGACGCGACGUCUCUCCGCGGACGAUGCAACACUCGCUCAGUUGGACGUGUCCGCCGGAGUUUUACAGCCUCCCUUCAGUCCGCUGGUCACCAGGUACGAGUGCAGCCUCCCUAGCGGCGUCGACUCCCUCACCCUUCGCGCCAAGACGGAGGACAGUAAAAUGACGGUGAUCAUGAAGACUGGGGAACCAGUGGGAACUGUACCACUCAACCCAGGACGAACGCUGGUCGAGCUAGCCGUUACGUCGGUCAGUGGGAAGACGACCUCGGUGUACACCAUCACCGCCGUCAAGAGCCGUCUUCCGCCGACGCUGCAACUGAAGGAGAAGAAGGCUCAGUUUGAAUGUGCAGUCUGCUGUAACCUGGUUCACCUCCCGACCAGGAUUCGCGGCAGUGCUGGCGUCUACUGCAGGGCCUGUCUGGAGGAGCUGACUCGAACCAAUAAGACCAAUCCGAUCACUGGAGAGAAGCUGGAGGGGGAAAACUGGCUGGAAGAAGACCUUGCGUGCGACUCUGAGCUUGCAAACGAGACUGCAGUUUGUCACACUGCCACUGGCAUGGUAGAAACAUCCAUGCAGCAGAUUGGAGCAAAGUUGCAGGCUAACAGAAUCGAAGCCAGUAAGACUGAAGAGCCAACUGAGUCCUGUGGGGACUGCAGCAAGAAGGUACCUUCACAAGAUGUGGGCCUACACAAAGAGCUUCUCUGCCCAGCAAAGCACACAGUCUCUCUGCCAAAGACGCAGGUCAAGCCCAGGCCUUGGGAGAACAGACUAGUGGACGAAUCGUGUGGCAGCGACCCACAAGAUCUCCUGAAAAAAGGCCGAGAAUGGGAGACUAAGUAUCUGGAGAGUCUUCCCAAACCAGGAGAGACAGGACACCGAGGCAGAGGUCCUGAUCCCCUGGAGUGCCUGCAGACGGCUGCUCGCUGCUACGGUACAGCUCUCAAGUACUCUCCACAGUCUCUGGAGGCCCACAUAUCUCUGGGACUUGUCAUGGAAGAGUUCUUCUACGCCGAGGAUUUCUUUGGACUCAAGAGAGCUGUCCCUGAUACAGCAGAGGAAGGAGAGGCAGAGAUAUCUUCGAAGGAGGAGGAGUUUCUGGCUAUCUGUCAGCUGCACGGAGUGGCUGCCUCGGCUCCACUGGCUCUCCAGCUGAAGGCAGUGGAGGCAGAGUACCACAGUCUCAGUGUGAAGAGUUCAGACCCCACUGCCUGUUUCCACCUCGGUCGACUCUGCCUCCUGCUGGGAGACAAAGAAGAGGCCCUCAAGUUCCUCAGGAACUCUCUGGCCCAGAGACCAACACACUCUCCCACUAGACUCUGUCUGGGGAUGGCUCUGGGAGAGAAACACGCCAAGCCUCUACUGUGGAAUGGACUAACUCAGUACCUUACACAGCUCCAGGAACUCCACGAAUCACGGAGAGACGUGAAGCAGAAAGAUCUUCACUCACAGGCUUUCUACCGCAGUACAAACACACUCAUUGCUGAGGGAUUCCUGCAGUUGGCUGGUAUAGGAGGCCACAAAUCUCUCUCAGUCGCGUCAUGUCUGCUGGCAGCAACUGCCUUUCUCCCAGAGGCUUGCAUCCUCCGUCGAAACUGCACCUACCGCCAGCUGCAGUGGCUGAGUCUCCAGGCCCGCUCCCUCCUCCUCUCCCUGCUGCAGAAGACCCAGCAGACACAGGCAGCUUUGAGACACUGUCAGGAGCUCUCGGGACUCAUUUCUCACAGUGGACUGGAGUCUUCCCCAAAACUCAGGGCCCUACAGAUGCAGGUGUUUCAGUUGGGAGUGGAGCUGCAGCCCAGCAGUAGCAAGGCUCUCUGUCACCUGGGAACUGGGCAGCUGGCUGAGCAUGAGGUGGCAGGGGACAAGAACAGUCUCUGUGAGGCCGAGCUGUCGUUCAGAGCCAGCAUCGCCAUGGAAGGCAAACCGAUCACUGCAGACAACAUCCCAACUCAGCUAGCCGAGGAGCAAUGGUGGAAGAAGAUGACACAGGGAAAGACAGGGGGAGGGGAGAAGAAGGAAGAAAAGAAGGCAACUCCUCCAGUCACUGCCAGUGGUGCUCAGAAAACAGCCCAGAAAAGUGGAGCUACUGCUAAACAGGCGGUGACAGGGGCCAGAGGUGGACCUCAGACAGGGAGAGGGGGUGUGGCUCAGCCGGCAGGAGGCAGGAAACCAACAGGUGGAGCCUCCAGACAGCCUACCAAACCAGUGGGAAGAGGAACAACCACUGCUCCAGGCAGACCAGGUCAAACAGCAAAGACACCCACCAAGCCACUAGGGAAGACGGUUGCCACAUUAGGUGAACUGAAGACAGGAGCCGGGCCUCCAAAGAAACCUAUAGCGGCAGUUGCAAGCAAGUCCACAGAGAGCGUGAAGACAGAUGAGAAGCCACCCUCCACCCCAAAUGCAGCUAGUCCCACUCCCCAACAACCAGCAGGGAGAGCCGAGAUCAACACAAAGACUCACCACCCGCGGCUGGGUCUGGCUAGGAUCCUCUCCAAGAGUGCCUCGUCUGAUAAGGCCAAAUUAGAGGAGUCUCGCUCUCUCUACCAGGAGGUCAUAUCCAUGACCCCCGACCUCCACGACGCAUACAUAGAGCUCGGAGAGAUGCUCUCCAAGACAGACCCGGUCGCUGCUGUCGACGCCUACGCCCGUUUCCCUUUCUCUGAUCCUCCAUCUUUCAACGAUGCCUACCUCCACGGGGAGAUAGUUCGCCUCCUGAUGUCCAGUGAGAACUACGAUGACCCACGUCUCCUCACCAGUCUGGUGGCCAUGGGGAGAGCUCUAGGUAUCGGAGUCCUGGAGAAACAGGUCUCGGUCUUGGAGAACAAGUUCAAGACUGACCUCCUGAAGAAGGUCUACUCUGGCGUUCAUGGGAAACCCAUUGACGACCCUGACUUGCAGGCUUUCUUCAAAUUCAAGUGCUGGCGAUGAGGAUUCGAACUUACUCUUUUCCGACACUGUAGCUUUUCUACCUGCAUUAAAAUUUGAUCCACCUCUUUGUGCGCAUGCGCGCAACCUCGUGCGCGUUGACGAUAUUAUAAUUAUGGAGGACAGCGUGGUGGAAGACAUACGCACUAGAGUGCGGCUGGAGGAGCAUGGAGUCAUAAAUGCCAGCAGCACCAGUUUUCCCGGGAAUUACCCGGGCUACGACGACAGCUGGGACCUGGAGCGGUUCAAGGCUGGGUUCAAGGUGCAGGUGGUGGGCUGGAACGAGGAGGAGAUGGAGUUUGACAUGAUUGGAGUGGACGCAGCCAUUGCCAACGCCUUCAGGAGGAUCCUCCUGGCAGAGGUUCCUACCAUGGCAAUAGAGAAGGUCUAUAUGUACAACAACACCUCCAUCAUUCAGGACGAGGUGCUGGCUCACAGGCUGGGACUGAUUCCUCUGAAAGUUGAUCCUCGCAAAUUCGACAUGCCUCCAAAAGUGGAGGAAGGAGGGACUUUCCCUCUCCCAGCUCCGGAGUACUCCAGAGAGCUACUGGAGUUCCACCUCAAGGUGAAGUGUACUCGUAACCCCAAGACCCCCAAGGGAGGGGGUGGAACCACUGGGCAGGCCAACUAUCUGCACUCAAGAGUGACUACUGCUGAUAUAAAGUGGCUACCAUUCGGAGACCAGGCAGAGGAGCUGUCAGAUGUGAGACCUGUUCACAAUGAUAUUCUGAUUGCCAAGCUGAGACCUGGCCACGAGAUCGAUGCACGGUUGGUGUGUGUGAAGGGAAUUGGGAAGGACCACGCCAAGUUCUCCCCAGUUGCGACGGCCAGUUAUCGUCUCCUCCCUGAGAUAACUCUCACUAAGCCAGUCCGAGGGAAGAAGGCGGUUAAACUGGCAAAGUGUUUCUCUAGUGGCGUCAUUGAGUUGGUGGAGGACGAGGAUGGUAAGAAGAGGGCGAGAGUGGCAAACCCACGUCUGGACUCCUGCAGUAGAGAGGUGCUGCGUCACGAGGAGCUGAAGGACUGUGUGAGACUGUCUCGUGUCAGAGAACAUUUCAUAUUCUCAGUGGAGUCCACAGGAGCACUGGCCCCAGAUCUACUGGUAGUGGAGGCAGUCAAAGUCCUCAUGGACAAGUGCACCCAUUUCAUUUCUGAACUUGACCGACUCUCACAAUAGAAACGUUCAACAGACCCACAAAAAAUUGGUGGUGGAAAAUUUUUACAGAUCCACAAAAAAUUGAUGCAUCUUUGUGUGGGAUUUUGAUGUAAUGAUGAAGUCAUUCGGUGCCUGUAAAUUGUGUGAAAAUAGUGAUGUGUCCAAUUUUCAGUGAUGUAAUGAUGACAUCAGUUGGAAUGUUUGAGUCUGUAAGCCAUGAAGCGAGCAGAAGGUUGCCUGUUGAUGACGUGACCUGCAGAUGCGGACAGCUCCAGAGCCCACUGUUUCUUGACCUCCUGUGGUUUCUCCUCACUUCCCAUCUCUGAUACUGUGGUGGAGCGAACAUACUGAGCAUUUCAUACUUGGAAAAAAACACUGUGUGGCAUUAAGUUUUUCAUUCACACAUUUUGCAUGCAUUGAGAAAAUGUCUGAAAUUUCACCAUAUGUAUGGCAUUUGCCAUGCAUCUAUGCAGUUUAGUGGACCACUUGUAUGAAAAUCUAACAGACAGCAACUCUAAGACUCAGAUGAAACAGAUAUUUAGCCCCGUACCUUGUCCUUCCACCACGGUG